GCCCCCCUACAACCGCGGCCACCGCUGCAACCGCAUGCACGGCACGAACCCUCCCCCACCUCCGAUGCUGCGGUGACGCGCGGGAAGUGCGCGCCUUUUCCCCUUCUUCCCCCCAUUCUCUCUCUCCCUCCCUCCCUCGAUUGCUUCCGGUUAACACUUGCCACCUCUCUCACGGGCGCUUUCUCCCUGCCCCGCCAAACAAGAGAACCGAGCAACGGCCAGGGAAGGGCUCACGCGAGACGCAAAAGGGCGCGGGGGGACAGAGGCGUGGGUGCCUGGGUUAGUUAUUGCUCGUGCAGUGAUCUGAUCGAGAGCGGUCGGGGAUGGCGGGGAACGAGUGGAUCAAUGGGUACCUGGAGGCGAUCCUGGACAGCCGCAGCGCGCCGGGGGGAGGCGGAGGUGGUGGCGGAGGGGGAGGGGGACGAGGGGGUGGCGGCGGGGAUCCCAAGUCGCCGGUGGCGGGGGCGUCGCCCCGCGGCCCGCACAUGAACUUCAACCCCACGCACUACUUCGUCGAGGAGGUCGUCAAGGGCGUCGACGAGAGCGACCUCCACCGGACAUGGAUCAAGGUCGUCGCCACCCGCAACGCGCGCGAGCGCAGCACCAGGCUCGAGAACAUGUGCUGGCGGAUCUGGCACCUCGCGCGCAAGAAGAAGCAGCUAGAACUGGAGGGACUCCAGAGAAUGUCAGCGAAGAGGAAGGAGCAGGAGCAGGUGCGCCGUGAGGCAACAGAGGACCUGGCCGAGGAUCUGUCAGAAGCCGCGGACACCCUCGGCGAGCUGGUGCCGGUGGAAACGGCCAAGAAAAAGUUCCAGAGGAACUUCUCUGACCUCACCGUAUGGUCUGAUGACAAUAAGGAGAAGAAGCUUUACAUUGUGCUCGUCAGUGUGCAUGGUCUUGUCCGUGGCGAAAACAUGGAACUAGGUCGGGAUUCAGAUACAGGUGGCCAGGUUAAAUAUGUUGUUGAACUCGCAAGAGCGCUGUCAAUGAUGCCUGGUGUCUACAGGGUGGAUCUCUUCACUCGUCAAGUGUCGUCUCCCGACGUGGACUGGAGUUAUGGGGAGCCAACGGAGAUGUUAACCACCAGUUGCAUUGAUGGAGAGGGGAUGGGUGAGAGUGGCGGGGCGUACAUUGUGCGCAUACCGUGCGGGCCAAGGGACAAGUACCUCAAGAAGGAAGCACUAUGGCCUUACCUCCAAGAGUUUGUUGACGGAGCUCUGGGGCAUAUCCUGAACAUGUCCAAGGCUCUGGGAGAGCAGGUUGGCAAUGGGAGACCAGUCCUGCCUUAUGUGAUCCAUGGCCACUAUGCCGACGCUGGAGAUGUUGCUGCUCUUCUUUCCGGAGCAUUGAAUGUACCGAUGGUGCUCACUGGUCAUUCCCUUGGGAGAAACAAGCUGGAGCAACUGCUGAAGCAAGGGCGCAUGUCCAAGGAGGAAAUUGAUUCAACCUACAAGAUCAUGAGGCGUAUUGAGGGUGAGGAACUUGCCUUGGAUGCAUCAGAGCUUGUCAUCACGAGCACAAGGCAAGAGAUUGAUGAGCAAUGGGGAUUGUACGAUGGAUUCGAUGUCAAGCUUGAGAAAGUGUUGAGGGCACGGGCGAGGCGCGGUGUUAGUUGCCAUGGCCGUUUCAUGCCUAGGAUGGUGGUGAUCCCUCCUGGAAUGGAUUUCAGCAACGUGAUUCCAGAAGACAUUGAUGGAGAUGGUGAUGGCAAAGAUGAUAUCAUUAGUUUGGAGGGCGCUUCACCAAAGUCUAUGCCCCCAAUUUGGGCUGAGGUGAUGCGGUUCCUAACCAAUCCUCACAAGCCGAUGAUCCUGGCGCUGUCGAGGCCUGACCCAAAGAAGAACAUUACCACCCUCGUCAAAGCGUUUGGAGAGUGCCGCCCACUCAGGGAACUUGCAAAUCUUACUCUGAUCAUGGGGAACAGAGAUGACAUCGACGAAAUGUCUGCUGGCAACGCAAGUGUCCUCACCACAGUUCUGAAGCUGAUUGACAAGUAUGAUCUGUACGGAAGCGUGGCAUUUCCCAAGCAUCACAACCAGGCUGAUGUUCCAGAGAUCUACCGCCUUGCAGCCAAAAUGAAGGGUGUCUUCAUCAACCCUGCCCUCGUUGAGCCAUUUGGUCUCACCUUGAUCGAGGCUGCGGCACACGGACUCCCGAUAGUUGCCACCAAGAACGGUGGUCCUGUCGACAUUACAACUGCGCUGAACAACGGGCUGCUCGUUGAUCCGCACGACCAGAACGCCAUCGCCGACGCGCUGCUGAAGCUUGUGGCGGACAAGAACCUGUGGCAGGAGUGCCGGAGGAACGGGCUGCGCAACAUCCACCUCUACUCGUGGCCGGAGCACUGCCGCACGUACCUCACAAGGAUUGCUGGGUGCCGGUUAAGGAACCCGCGGUGGCUGAAGGACACACCGGCCGAUGCUGGCGCUGAUGAAGAGGAGCUCCUGGAGGACUCCAUGGACGCCCAGGACCUGUCGCUCCGUCUGUCCAUUGACGGUGAGAAGAACUCCCUGUGCAUUAAUGAGCCCCUAUCGUCGGACCCACAGGAUCAGGUGCAGAAGAUCAUGAACAAGAUCAAGCAGUCAUCGGCGCUCCCGCCAUCCAUGUCCUCGGUCUCAGAAGGUGGCAAGAACGCAACCGAGGCUGCCGGCAGCGUCGUGAACAAGAACCCACUCCUGCGCCGUCGCCGUCGCCUGUUCGUCAUCGCCGUGGACUGCUACCAAGACGACGGCCGCGCUAGCAAGAAGAUGCUGCAGGUGAUCCAGGAGGUCUUCAGAGCUGUCCGGUCAGACUCCCAGAUGUCCAAGAUCUCGGGGUUUGCUUUGUCGACUGCGAUGCCGUUGUCCGAGACGCUCCAGCUUCUCCAGCUCGGCAAGAUCCAAGCAACCGACUUCGACGCGCUCAUCUGCGGCAGCGGCAGCGAGGUGUACUAUCCUGGCACAUCCCACUGUAUCGACGCCGAAGGAAAGCUGCGCCCAGACCAAGACUACCUGCUGCACAUCAGCCACCGGUGGUCCCAUGACGGCGCGAGGCAGACCAUAGCGAAGCUCAUGGUUGCUCAGGAUGGUUCGGGCGACGUGGUCGAGCAGGAUGUGGCAUCCAGCAAUGAGCAUUGCGUCUCGUUCCUCAUCAAAGAUACCAAAAAGGUGAAAACGAUCGAUGAGAUGAGGGAAAGGCUGAGGAUGCGUGGUCUCCGAUGCCACAUCAUGUAUUGCAGGAACUCGACAAGACUUCAGGUUGUCCCUCUCCUAGCAUCAAGAUCACAGGCACUCAGGUAUCUGUUCGUUCGCUGGGGUCUGUCUGUGGGGAACAUGUAUCUGAUCACCGGAGAACACGGCGACACCGACCAAGAGGAGAUGCUAUCUGGGUUACACAAGACGGUGAUCCUCCGGGGAGUCGCCGAGAAGGGCUCAGAAGAACUGCUGAGGAGUUCCGGAAGCUACCACAGGACAGACGUGGUUCCGUCCGAGAGCCCCUUGGUAUCUUACACGGCUGGUGAUCUGAAAGCCGACGAGAUCAUGCGGGCUCUGAAGCAGGUCUCCAAGACCUCCAGCGGCAUGUAAAAUUGCUGCUAGGGAGGCUAGUCUCUAAUAUUAUUUUGUUGCUCAUAACUGAAAAGGCAGACUCAUUUUGACCUUUUUCUUCACUACAUAACUUAAGAACAGUAUCGCGACUGUAUAUCUUGCAGUGAAAAAAACUAGGGACACUGCUAAUUUCUACUUGCUGCUCACAUAAUUGUGAACAGUGAUUAAAUAAUAUUGCGCUUCUUGAAGA